GUUCACCUUGUCCUCCUUCCCAGGUGGGGCCCAGGCCUGGGUUGCCAUGGAUACCGUGUCCCUGGAGCAUCAGAUCCAGAGCGUGCAGCGCCACAUCAGCUUUCUGAAAAAGGAGCAGAUGGCCCUGCUACGAGACCUGCACCUGGAGAUCCUGAGGCUUCAGAAACGCUGCUCAGAACUGACCCGUGACCUGGAGAUGAGAGAGGCCCAAUCUCACCAGCAAGAGGUGGUGUCCCAGGAGCUGGAGACCAAGUGCCGCGCGCUGGAGUCGCAGUUGGCAGAGCGGGCAGCAGCCAACGCCGAGCUGCGGCGGGAGGUGGCGCACCGCGAGGCUCUCGUGUCGGCGCUGCGCUGCAGCCUGCAGGCCGAGGAGCGCCGCUUCCUGGAGGAGCUGCGCCGCCGCAGCCACCGCGCCACCGUGCUGGGCACCGAGCUACAGAAGCACACCGAGGCGGCCGCCUACCUCUCCUGCCAGCUACACGCGGUGCGCCAGAGACUGCAGGCCCCGCGCCCGGGCCCGGGUGGCACCGCCGCCGAGCCCCGGCCGCGCCGGCGCGCACCGCGGGCCCGCCGUCUGCCCCCCGCCGCCGCCGAGGCCGCAGCCAAGGGCCCCAGCCGGGACUGGGCCGCCUGGGACCGCGCGGCCGGCACCCUGGACGACGCCGACCCCAUGCCCGACCCCGCGCUCUUCCUCUAUGCCCGGAGACCCCCGCGGCCCAGCGGCCGCAGCCCGCGCCAGCCGCCUCCCCAGGAGCCCCCGGACCCCGUCGGCCCGCAGCCCGGGCCCUGCCAGAGCCCGCCCGCCGCGCCUAGUGCGCCCGGGGAGCCGGAGUAG